AUGCCGGCCCCAAAGAGAAAGGCCGAACCCGAGACCAAAUACUACGCCGUGCGUGCUGGUGUCAAGCCCGGUGUCUACACCAACUGGACCCUGUGCCAACAGCAGAUCACGGGCUUCAAGGGUGCCUCAUUCAAGUCAUUCACCAACUACGAGGACGCUUCCGCAUUCGCCGCUGGCCGGCCCGUCGCCUCUGCUACCUCGACUUCAAAACCCUCCAAGUUCUACGGCGUCGCAGUCGGUCGCACCCCCGGCGUCUACACGGAUUGGUCCAUUGCCCAGCAGGAAGUCGUGGGCUGGAAGAACCCCAAGUACAAAAAGUUCGAGACCCACGCCGAGGCCGAGGAUUUCGUGCGCCAAUGGAGUGGCCAGCCCUCUUCCCGAGCCGUCAAGGUACCGCAGGUGGACGAGACUGACGAGGUGCAAGUCAUUGCCAUCGGACCGAUAACGAAGAGCUCUAGGAAAGCUAGGAAAACCGGGGCUACGCAGACCGCUCAUGAGGCUCAGGAAGCCCUUGAUGCUACCAAGCCCGUCAUCAUCUACACGGAUGGCAGCGCCAGAGGCAAUGGCAAGGUCGGCGCCAUGGCGGGAGUUGGCGUCUACUUCUGCGGUGGUUUCAGAGAAAACAUCUCCGAAAGACUCCAAGGUCCCGUCCAAACGAACCAACGCGCCGAGUUGACCGCCGUCCUGCGAGCCCUCGAAACCAUUCCCGACACCCAGAGUUGCGAGCUCCGAACCGACAGUCAAUAUACCAUUAACUGUGUGACUACUUGGUACAAAAGCUGGAUGAAGAACGGAUGGAGGAAUUCCAAGGGAGAGGAUGUGUCCAACCAGGAUCUGAUUGCGGCCAUCCGCAAGAAGAUCGAAACUCGCGAGGCGAAGGGUACGGAGACCAAGUUCGUCUGGGUUAAGGGGCACGGGACGGACGAAGGCAAUAUCGCUGCGGAUGUGCUGGCGGUUGAGGGAUCGCGCAAGAUGUUCUGA